AUGUUUCACGUGGAAGUGGUCAGCUCUGUAACUGAUCGUGUCUCUUCAUAUUCCGCCAGAACCGCAAACGUCAAGGGAGAAGUUCUCGUGAACGGGAAUGUUCGAGAUUUAAACACAUUCCGCAAGCAGUCGUCGUACAUCAUGCAAGACGACUAUGUUCUCGGGAACUUGACUGUGCUUGAGACGCUGCAAUUUGCUGCGGAGCUCAAAUGCGGUUCCCGUUCUUCACCCGAGGAGCGAAGGGAUCUGAAAGCCAGAAUUUUACCUUGA